AUGGAAACCUAUUAUUUGAAUCAAGCGGGGACAGGUUUACCCCUUCAAAUAUUUGCGGGAACUCGUUAUCAGAGAGGUAAUGGGUUCUUUGGCAGAUUUUUCAUGUCAAAAAUUAUGCCGAUUUUGAGAUAUUUGGGAGAGCAAGCACUUUCAACUGGUCAAGCUAUUCUAAGUGAUACCAAAAAAUCAGCUAAGGAUAGACUUAAAAUAAAAAAUGAAGACGGCAAAGAUAUUGUUAACCCAGAUUGGAGUAAAAUUAGAGCAGCCAAUAACUUGAUGCAUAGCAUGAUUAAACAAAUAGAUCUAAAGAUCGGUAAUAAAGAAAUGUCAUCUGUAUCAAAUACUUAUGCAUAUAGAGCAUACUUUGAAAAUUUACUCGGUUUUUCGAAAGACGCUAAGGAAACACAUCUUUCUACAGGAUUUUGGUCAGAAAAGGACGAUAUCAUCUCGAACUUUGUCCCAGAAACAACAAAUAAAGAUCCAUCACAAAGUAAAAUAGUUGACAUGUAUGGAAAGUUACAUCUUGACCUUACAUUUCAAGGCAAAGCAUUGCUUGGUGGAUGUGAUAUCAAAAUAAAAUUGAUAUUGAACAACCCUGAAUUCUGUUUCAUCUAUCCAAAAUCAGUGAAUAUUAUUCCCAUAAUCAAAGAUGCAUCUGUAUACAUUCACCGUUUAAAAGCUAAACCAAUGCUUGUUAAUGCACAUUCGAGAGCUUUGCAAACAGCCUCUUCACGAUAUCCUAUCACCCGUGUGGAGGUGAAACAUGUACCCAUUCCUUCAGGAUCUAUGGAUGCAAUGCUCGACAAUGUCAUAAUUGGACAAUUACCAAGACGAAUGUUUUUAGCAUGUGUUAAAAAUACAGCUCUUAAUGGAGCCAAAGAUGAAGAUCCAUUCAAAUUCAACCACUAUGAUGUCAACUACUUGGCAUGCUAUCUUGAUGGCAUUCAGUAUCCUACAAAUGCUUAUCAACCAAAUUUCGAUCAAAAUCUUUUUGUUCGAGAAUAUUCAGGAUUGUUUCAAGCAAUGAACAUGAAUUCAACUGAAUCAACCAUUGAUAUAAAAAGAAAUGAUUAUGCUAAUGGGAAAACAAUUUAUGGUUUCAAUUUCGCACCUGACUUAUCUCACGGCUGUGGUCUUGUAGGACACGUAAAUCCAGCAAAUCGAGGUACCCUCCGUGUUUAUUUGCGUUUCAAGAAGGCAUUGCCUGAAGUAAUCGAUGUUGUUUUAUUCUGCGAGUAUGAUAAUAUGAUCGAAAUUGACAAAGAAAGAAACGUUAGCUGUGACUUCAUUUAA